AUGUCUCAAUGGAUUCCCUUCGCCGCUGUCACUCCGCAAUCUUCUCAACAGAAUGGCGCAUUGCCCCCAAUGCCUUCGACAUCACAACCUAUUCCACCUGCGCAGCCGACGAAUUUCCCUGAAGCAACAUGUAUCAGUGGAACCGCUGGCAGCCGCGAGCUCUGGUAUGUCUGCCCCAUUUUCCUCCGUCUGACCCAUCUGAAUCCAACCCCCCUGCAGGAAUUCGGUAUCGACAUUAUCGGUGAAGACAACAAGACCACCAUCCACCACAAAGUCGCUGCCCACGUAGAGGCCAUCCCAACAUCCGCCUCUCUUCCUCCCAACAUCCAGGCGAACUCCAGAAGAGCCUGGCUCGGUGUAAGUGCCCCCAAACCUACCACACUUCCCCCAAUUGCUCCCUCCCAUGCAUUCACAACAAGCCUCAACCACCUCUGCACCCACACCCGCAUCUGCCGCGCCCGCAAACCCAGAACCCCUGCACCUCCUCCCAUGCGUUCACAACAAGCCUCGACCACCUCUGCACACACACCCGCAUCUGUCGCGCCCGCAAACCCAGAACCCCUGCACCUCCCCCAGAGCACCCUGGCCUUUCUCCUUCGAGCUCGAGUCUUGCUGACUCAAGUCGUUGCCCACUCUUCGCAGAUAAUCUACGAGUUCAACGCGUCGACGCUAAAGACUGUCGGAACUCCAUUCGAGGGGCACACCCAACUUAUCACCGGUCUAGCACUUUCAUUUGACAGCACUCUCCUCGCCAGCUCUUCAUUGGACCACACCAUCAAACUCUGGGCCUUCGAGUCCCGCCAACUCCUCGCUUCCUUUGAUGUUCGAAAUCCUGAUACCCUUGUCCUCUCACCCGACUCGUGCCAAUUUGCUUACACGACAUUCACUGACUAUGAUUCCAAUAUCUACAUUGGCAACACUCCACCCGAAGUCCUUGCUCAGGCCCGUACAAGUGCACGAACCCUCAAUGAUCUGCUAAAUUCUCAUGCAACUCGUCAUCGCCCUGCCGUGCGCCGCAGACCACCAAUACCUGUCAUACCUAUGACGCAGAGACCUCCACCUACAAUCGACCUGCAGCAACCCAUUUUCCUUCGCCUCCGUAAACUUCUUCCCUUCUCUUCUCGCGCAAAUGCAAUUCCUUCCGUUCGGAAUAAUUCCCAGUCUCGCGGUCCUCUAGAUUUCCCUGCUACGUUACCCUUACCGUCCAAUCGCCUUCAUGCAGAAAGCCCUCCAUCAACUCCCUUCAAGUUACCCGGUGGCAGGACCUUUUUCAAUCCCAUUCAGUCCUCGUCUGACAAGGGUAAGCAAAAGGCGCGCGAACGGAAACGGAAACCGGCAAAAGUCGUCGACGUUCCUCUCGGACAAGCUACCUAUGGCGACGCUGUUGGUGUGGAUGACGGAAAUCGGCCGUUUGUUCUCUUAUUUUGCCUAAGCUGGUUCCAGAAAAAGGAGAAGAAGCAGGUUCCACGGCCAGUAUAUGAUGACGAUCCUGAGGACGACGAAGAGGAGGAACAGGAAGACAUUCUCAAUCGAGUCGCUGUGUCUCCUCCCAGGGUCCAGCACGAAGAAAUUGAAACGAAAGUAAUGGCUAGUCAGUCACAGCCAGAGGCAGGACCAUCUCGCCUUACAGUAAUUGAUGAACACAUAGAGGGGCAGUCUUCGUAAAUCCGUCGAGCAUUCCACCUGUUGAGUCUCGUGUUGUACCUGUAGCUUUAUGAUACCGUGUUACUUGCCUGUGUAGAACGAUUGUUCAGAACAGCAUGUAAACUUACAGUCUGGAGUGCCUUGAAGGCUGCAGGCCCAAAACUUACUUUCGGGCGUGAUGCUUCUGACGAACUUGUCUACAGGAACCGACUACCUUCGUGUUUGGGACAUGCGU